ACAAUAAAAAAAAUAAAACAAUAAAAAAAUGGAUUGGCGCUCUUCCACUAGUAGCAGAUAAGGGAGCUGUGGGGGCGUGUGGCAAUGGCGGUGAUAGAGGUGGUGCUUCAUCUCCACGCGCCUCCGUUUCCCUCUCACCGUUCUUCUGUUUUCCUACAUGCUCCAAGCUCCGGUACCAUUCUCCAUUGCGGCGCACUUUCUGUCUCCGAUCACCGGUUUCUCCUUCGGCAAUGGCCACUUCAUAUCUGCCAGUGUCGCCGUUGGGACUCCAACGCUGAAUACUAUGCUGCCGACGAAAUUGAGGAUUUCGACGAGCAGUGGACUGCAGCUCUUGAGGAUUACAUCGAUAGCAUCUGGAUAUUAAAGGUGUUUGGAUCGUAUGGUUGGAUGCUUCCACCUAUUUUAUUGUCGCUGCUGCUAGCGAAUGGUCUAAAAGCGUUUCUUCUGGCAUUAGCUCUGCCAAUUGGACAGUCAACUUUUGCAUUUGCUAUAAACAGGUUCCAGAACCGGGGAACGGACAAGCCAAAGCGGAAAGACAAGGCGAAGAAGCGAAGGUCACACUUCUAUAGCUCAAAAGAUUCUGGUCUGGUGGAAUCAUCUGAAUACACUUCUAGCCAAGGGCCACAGAGGAAACAUAACGGAUAUCAAUCAUGGGGUUCCAAAGAUGAUUUUACUACAAGUAGGAAAACUGCACCAGAUUUUGGUGGAUGGGAUGAACUAGAUUCAGAGAUGGACUAUAAUGUAGGAGGCUCUUCCAGAAGGAAACCGAGAAAAACGAGUGGGUCAUGAGGUAUGUCUGCAAAGAAGGGCGGAAAAAGGAAAUUGAGGGAGGGUGAUGGGCCUUUGUUACUGAGGUUGCUGAUAUCUGUUUUCCCAUUUUUGAGCUCAUGGACUAAGAUGCUAUAGUCGAGGCUCGUUUGCUUCACCGUCUGUUGCUCGAAAAUGGAAAUCUUCAGAUCACAUUAUGCAGAAAGGUUGGUGAAUAGUGGUGUAGUUUCAUUCUGAAUUUGGAUGAUUACUCACACACGGUACUCAUCUCUAUGGCUUGGAAGCAUACUUAUCGUAUUCUUGUGCAUUGCAUCACGCGUCUUUUGCCUAGGUUGGUUCCUCCAUGAUGGAGUCGGGCGAGGAUUGUGCCCGUAGCACCACCAUAUGUGCAGUUAUAUAGCCAAAGUAAGUUAUUUUUCCCAGAUUUUGCUCUCAACUUCGCACCUUUUGAUAACUGACCAUUUUAGUUGUUUGGUAAUUGACAUGAAGAUAUAUAGAGCAACAUAUUAGCAUGGAUUUGCAUAUUUUGAGAUGUCACUUUUUAUGGAUUAGCAUUGAUUUACAUUCUUCUCAUCACAUGCUAUUGUUCAUGUACACACAAAAGUGAAUUUUUUAUAGAACAUAAAUGGUGAAAGUAUAAAUUAGUAAAUGUGAGCAAA